AUGUGGGUGAACGAAACAUCCAGUCAUUCUGUACUUCAUCAGAGCGUUGUACUCGAUGGCUAUACUUUAGCGCCUACAAAGAUUACGGCCCCCAAAGAACGCCGACCAGUCUAUCAACAUAAGUGGGCAGAGGAUGAUGACGAAGAAGAUGAAACUGGAGCCUCUGGAGAUGUACGGUCUACGUCGAAUUCGAGUUCUUGUGCGUCAUCUGUGCCACAGGUACGGAAUGCUUUCGUUUGUUUAUAUUUCAGUGAUAUUCUGAGCCCUAAUGAAAUGAAUCUUUUGUGGCUUUUUCGUGUGAAACGAAUUAAGGAAGCACACCAGUGUUUAGAAUCCGGAGAGCAGGAUGAUUUCAAACAAGAUAUCGAAUACAUUUUGAGUACGAUGAAGGGACAGGCUCCCGUCAACAUAAAAUGUUUGAGCACGUUAUCUUUGGCAAGAAAAUGCAUAUCGUCUGAAUUCCGUCAAUUUCUUCGUAGUGAGGGUUUAAUGUCUAAUGUUUUCAAAGGCCUGGCUGAUAGCUUUGCGCUUUGUGCCGCUACCGUAAUUUAUCUUAUGUCUCGUGACUUCAUUUCGAUGCAAGUUGACGCGCAGUCGCUUCGGUUGCUGUCGCAGUUACUUCGUAUUGAAAAAAUGGAGCAGAACGAUGAACAGAAAAAGAACGUUUGGGAAAUCUUCAAAACAUACAUAGAAAGAAUGGAAUCGACAGGGAAGAAGAUUGCAUUUGAUCUCACGAAAGAACAACUAACUCCGUCGUCACUCAUACUGGAAGCUUUGGUUUUUGUUCUUGCUAGGUGCACUGAUGAAAAUUUGAAGACCGAGCUGCUAAAUCUUGGCAUACUGCAGUGGAUAGUAGGGAAAGAGGAAACGAUUCAGCAGCUCGUUAUUCUCGAAAGAUGCUUCAGGAUUCUUGAAUCUAGUACGCUAUUCCACAAGAAGAAUCAAGCAUUUCUGAUUUCACAUCGUGGAAGCGCCUUGAUACAAAUGUUGAUAUUUAGACUAAUGACUAUUAUCCAUGAUACGAUCAGCAAUUGUGCCGUUGGGUCGCAGUUGGCCCGUUCUCAUAUAGCUUGUUUAUCUCUGAUGGCUCGUGUGCUCAUGAAUCUUUCACAUGAAAAUGAAUUGUGUUGUACCAAGCUGGGGCAGGUCCCGGGUUUUUUGCCACUUUGCCUAUCAUCAUACACUUUCCUUGCGCCGAAAUUCGCACCAGAGGACAAGAAGUUUGAUUUGUAUGUGAUGAUGACGUCUUUGUGUGUCAAUUUGGUGGAAAGAUGUAACUCUAAUCGUAGAAAACUUAUCGAGACUACUGUGAAAGUUCACGCUGAUAAUGGUGAAGAUACUGAGCACAAAGCACUCGAUGCGCUUUUAUUCACGGUCCACGAAGCGAAGGCACGGAAUAUUGAUGAGGAUUUAGACAAAGACUUGGCUUUUGAGGAACCUGCCGAUGAUGACAAUAAUGACACCGAUGAAGAAUGUCGCGAUGAUGGGCGAUUGGAUCGAGCAAAAUUAAAUGAUAUGAAUGAGAGUGAGAUGUUGCAAGCAGUGCAAAAUGCUAUGAGCAAGGCAUCUGCACACAUGGAGGACAGUGUCGUUGCUUCUUAUGUCGCUCUACUGAUAGGCUGCUUAUUGCAACAAAAUGAGGGUCACGCAGCCAUAGUGCGGUCACAUCUCCAGGGUGGUUCAUUUGCAACAAUGAUCGAUCAAUUACAACGUUUCUUGGACUUCAUGAAAAUUGCGGUGGGUUCCGACGCGAUUGUGGUUAUUUUUGAUUUAUUUUGA